AUUCACUUCCGCCUCAACGCCUUCACCUCGAUUCACGCCGAGUCUCACGGUCUCACGGCGAGUCUCACGGGUGUCUCACGCCACUGCCACCGCCACCACCGGCUUGCGAUGUCCAACGCCGGCUCCUCCGCCGUUGCCGCCGCCACCGUUUCCGCCGCCGGGCAACCUCCGGCGAAGAAGACGAAGUUCACAGGUGCCCACCGCUACCGCACCAAGUUCAACGCCGAUUGGACGAGCCGCUACCCGUUCAUCAGCGCCGUGAGGGGCGAGCCGUGCCUCUACCGCUGCGGCGUCUGCGCCAAGGUGCUUUCCUGCGCCCACCAGGGCGAGACGGACGUCAGGAGGCAUGUGGGCAGCGACAGCCACGCCAAGAUGGUGAUCUCGCGGGGCGGGCAAGGCGGCGGCAGUGGUCAUGGCCUUCCGGAGACCGCGUUCGUGACGCCCGUCUCGUCGGACCUCAAGGAAGAGCCCCAAGAAGAGGAGAUGCUGUCUUGUUGCGAGGAGGAGGAGGUGCCGCUGCCGCUGGAGGCGACCGGCGACGGCAGCGGCUUCCCGGCGUGGCUGGAGACGCAGGGCGUGAGCGCCGAGGUAGCCCGCGCCCUCGACUCGGAGCUGGGCAUCCGCGACUACGGCCUCCUGCGCGCCUGCGUGGACGACGGGAGCGUGCGAGCGGAGCUGCUGGCCGCCGCUCGCCACCGCCUGCCCUUCGGGUUCUACGCGGCGCUGAGGCGCGCCGUGAAGGCCCUGCGACAGCCCGACGAUGAAGACGGAGCAGGAGGAGGAGUGGAAGGAGGAGCGGAACGAGGGCGAGCAGGAAUCGCGGGAGGAGGAGCGGGAGGAGAAAGAGUGGAAGGAGGAGUGGAAGGAGGAGCGGGAGGAGACGCCGCAGGGGCGACGCUGCUGGGAGGCCUCGUGGAGGCGCUCCUCGCGCUCUUUGGCGGCCUCAGCCGCGAGCUGCUACUCUCCGCGGAGCGCCUGGGGGCGCUGUACGGCCAUCGGUGCGCCCCGGAUGGCGGCGCUGUGAGCCCCGGGGGCGGCUGCGACGUGGAGUGGCACACGGAGCACGAGGAGGUGGGGGAGGCUCCGACGCAUGAAAUCUUGGAGGCCGAUCCCAGGUGGGAGACGAUGGCGGUGAAGAUGGAGGCGAGCGGAGACCUGCAUCCCUGGAUGCUUUCUGCUUCUGCGCAGCGGCUGCCUCCCAAACGGGAAGAGAAGCCGCGAGACGUGGCCGAGGAUUUUCGGGCGGAAGAAGGGGGCCUUCCGCGCGACGGAGAAGAUGCGGAUGGUCGAGAGCUGCGCACCCCCUGGGUGGACGUCGUCCACGCGGAAGGAGACAACCUCCUGGGUGACAGAGAAGACCUCCAGGCCUAUGGAAGGGACCUCCAGUCUGCUGGUCUCAGCGCUAGGCCGGGGGCGGUGACUGUGGCCACGCGGAGAGACGUGGCGGUGGCUGCGACGGCCCCAGGCGUCGAGGCCAAGGUGGAGCUGCAGGAUCCGAGCAGCGACGGGUCUGCGAUCGCCGCCUUCCCGUGCCCCGUGUGUGGGCAGCAGCCGGCACCGGCCGGUGACCCGGGGAGGCCUCGGUUCGACUCUCGGAGCCACGCGCCGAUCCGGCGUCGUCCCUCAGCCGCGACGCGACGCCACCAUCGCCGCUGCGCCCGGUGCGGUGUCGCGGCCGCGGCCGUCGGCGGCUCCGCGGGGGAGUGGCACUGCCUGCUGUGCGGUGGGGUCUCCGUGCCGGGGCUCGGGCAGCACCACCAGCGGGGGCAGGGCGCGGGAGAGCGGCCGCACCCUCUCGAGCCCCGUCGUCACCGUGACGAGGACGAUGACAACGACGACGGCAGAGACGCCGGAGGAGCGGAGGAGCGAGCCUGCCAGUGCAACCGCUCAUGCUGCCGGUGUGGGAGGACGUUUGAGCUGCCCGGGCUCCUCCGGCGCAACCAGGAGUGCACGCACUGCGGCGAUCUCAGCUAGCGUGGGGGCAGGGGGUG